AUUACACGACGACCCAGGUACUUCCACCCUUUUUCUCCUCAGCUUUUCUUCUCAAUUUCAUUCUUUCUCUCUUUUUCUUGCUCAAAUCAGAAAGAGUUGUGCUUUAUUUUAUACAUAUUUUUUCCUCCUUUUUCUGUACCCUUUUCAUGAAUUUUCCAAUUCUUAGGUCCUCUCUGCUCUAACCAUUUUUGUGGGUCUUCUUUGAUCGAUGAGAGGGUGUUGAAGUUUUGGAGAAUAUUUCAAGAAACUAGAUUGGCCGAACUGGGCCUAAAUUAGAGGCGCAGUUGUAUCCUCGUUAGAUCUGAUUAUUACCUCAUCAAGGACACCGGUAAAAGGAAAAGAAGACGUACAGAGCUGAAGUUAGUUUAGCAGGUGAUACUUUGCAAUGAAGUCUUUUGAACAUAAUGGUACUGACUUGGAAAGUGGUACGGAGAAAGAAAGGAACAAAUCUACACGUAGUAGUACUAAAGGAGUCAAAUUACAGAAUCCGGCAUUAUUGUCUGGCCUGGCCUAUUGCAUCUCUUCUUGUAGCAUGAUACUAGUUAACAAGUUCAUGCUAUCUGGCUAUGAUUUUAAUGCUGGGAUAUCUUUGAUGCUGUACCAGAAUCUUAUUUCAGUAAUAAUAGUGUCUGUACUGAGUUUUCUGGGUGUCAUAUCAACAGAACCGUUGACAUGGAAAUUGAUUAAGGUCUGGUUGCCAGUGAACGUUAUAUUUGUUGGGAUGCUUGUUACAAGCAUGUUUAGCUUGAAGUACAUUAAUGUUGCCAUGGUCACAGUCCUAAAGAAUGUAACAAAUGUGAUAACUGCUGUUGGGGAAAUGUAUUUAUUUAGCAAGCAUCACGAGAGCCGAGUGUGGACUGCUUUGUUCUUGAUGAUCAUAUCAGCAAUUUCUGGAGGAGUUACCGAUUUAACAUUUCAUGCUGUUGGCUAUGCAUGGCAGAUCGCUAACUGCUUUUUAACUGCAUCAUAUUCUUUGACUCUCCGUAGGGUGAUGGACACAGCAAAGCAAUACACCAAAUCUGGGAACUUGAAUGAAUUUUCUAUGGUCAUGCUAAAUAACACACUUUCUUUGCCUUUGGGGAUUCUUCUUAUAUUCAUUUUCAAUGAGGUGGAUUAUCUUUUAAAAACACCGCUUUUGAGGGUACCAACUUUCUGGUUGGUAAUGACACUCAGUGGAUUUCUGGGUCUGGCAAUCAGUUUCACUUCUAUGUGGUUUCUUCAUCAAACAGGUGCUACCACAUACAGCCUUGUUGGGUCACUAAAUAAGAUCCCCCUGUCUGUGGCUGGUAUCCUAAUUUUUAAAGUCCCGACCAGUUUAGAGAAUUCCGCAAGCAUUUUCUUUGGACUUCUGGCUGGAGUCUUUUUCGCUAGAGCCAAAAUGCAAGAGCGAUCAUAGUCCUGAAAAGUUUGCAACUGUUUGGGGCAGCUUUAUGCUUGAAAUCCACAUUUAGCUUAACAUCCUUAUCAUUAUCAUCUUGUCAACUAUCGAAACCAGUUCUUUUCUGAAGGUGUCUAACAAAUGGAGUUCUUUGCAUUGUUGCUCUUCACCGUGGUAAGAUAUGGUGCAAGAAAUUGAAUUUGUGUAAUUGCAUAGGAAGAGUAGAUUUGUUGUAGUCUAAACUUGCUCAAUUUUCUCCACAUUCUUCCUAAUCUGUAGUUUAUGUUGUAUCUUUUGUUGUUUAUUUAGUACUGGGAAGGAUGACAAUGAGUAAGAGGCGAGCAAUAUAUGAUGUCAAGUUUUUCAAAAUUUUUGUUCUAAUUACAAUUUCUUUUCUUUCUCA